UCUUCCAGGUUACAGGCGAUUAGCUUCCUAUACACGGUGUGCAUUUUAUUUCACGUGGUUUCUCUCUGACAUGUAAACACACUUGUGUUUAGGAGCUAUAGAUGAUAUAUCAGGUUAAACAGAAAUGUGUAACGUGUCAGAAGGUCCAGAAGUUCCUCAAUCAGUUUCCAUCCCUGCAGAUUAUCGAAGGCAACAAGGUGAAGUGUAAGCUGACAGGCCAUGAACUGCCGCUUCGACUGCCCGAGCUGCAGCAGUAUACGUCUGGGAAGAAGUAUAUGCGGAUAACAAACAUAGAAAGCUCAUUCAAUUACAGUCAGUUUGAGCCCCAUAUUGUACCGAGUACCAAAAAUGCGCACCAGCUCUUUUGCAAGUUAACCCUUCGGCACCUCAAUAAGAUCCCUCAGCACGUUCUGCGGCAUGUCAGUGGGAAGCGCUAUAAAAGGGCUCUAAAGAAAUUUGAAGAAUGCCAGAAGCAAAACAUUCCAUAUGUCCCAGCAUGUCUAAAGCAGAAAAAGAAAAGAGACAUUUCUACUGAUAACAAGAAACAUCACAAAAAAGAGGAAUUCUGGGAACCUGACUCAAGUGCUGCUGAAGAGGACAGCGAUGACAGCAUGAGUGACCUUUAUCCAGCUGAGAUGUUUGGUAGAAAUCCCUCAACAGGCGGUGAAGAUGAGCCUAAUGAUUUUCUGGCACACACUGGUAAUGCAGAAGUAGAAUCAGAUGAUGAAAACAACGAUGAAGAAAAAAUGGAAACAGAUGAUCAAACGCACCACAAAAGAAAGAUGAAGCAGAAACCCUCAUUUCAGAAGAAAUUUAAACGCAGACACCAGAAGCCCAAAAACUCUAAGAAAAUCAUCUGUACAAAAUCAGAUGUAAAAUAAAUAAAAAUAGUUUGCAUACUCA